GCGCAGAAUCUGACAUACGCAACAUGCUUCUUGACGGAGCAGGGCGGGGUGUAGUAAACCGUACGGAAUCAUAACAUAACCUGCAAAAGCGUUUUUUCGAAUAAAAUCUUUUCCGAAUCGUGUUUUUUUUUUGACGAUCAAUCAUUUUUGAACGAUGACGUUCGAAGACUCGUGGGCGGUUGUCAAACAGGCGGCCGACGAGAACAAACACGAACUGCUGCUAACGGGCGAAUCGGUGUCGAAAUUGAUCGAAAAAUCAGGUUUGGACGGUAAUUUGUUCAAUCUUCACAAUCUGAAUUAUCUGAGCAUAACGCAGACGUGUCUGCGCGAGGUGCCGGACGGGAUUGCGAAGCUGACGAAUCUUACAACCCUGGUGCUGCACUCGAACGACAUAGUCACGAUAACCGACAAGAUCGGCGAACUGGCCAAACUGAAGGUGCUCGACUGCUCGAGGAACAAUCUCAAGUCUCUUCCACAGGCGCUGAACAAUCUUCCUCAGUUGACCACGUUGAAUCUCGCCUCGAACUCUCUGCAGUCCGUACCGUCCCAGAUUGCGAAUGUCAAAUUGAGCAUCUUAAAUCUGUCCGACAAUCGCUUCGAGAUCUUCCCCGACGUCUGCUACACGGAGCUCGUACACUUGUCCGAGAUUCACGUCAACAAGAAUCAGAUAAAAACAAUACCGAGCACCGUGUGCUAUCUUCAAGCGUUGAAAGUCUUCAAUGUCGCGGACAAUGCGAUUUCUGUUGUACCAGGUGAAUUGGCGGAUUGUGGCAAACUGAAGGAGGUGAAUCUGAAGGGCAACAAACUGGCAGAUAAGAGACUGUUGAAACUAGUCAACCAAUGUCACUCGAAGCAAGUGCUCGAUUACGUGAGACAGCAUUGCCCGAGGAGCGAAUUGUCCAACACCGAAGCCAACAAGUCGAAGAAAGGAAGGAAGACUUCAAAGUCUUCGGAAAGCGAAAUCACAAUGGACGGUUUGGCGUACAGAGUGAAAGUCUUGAGAAUGACGGAUGACACGCCGGUAAUAGAAACCACUGAACACGUGAAGAAAGUCAGACCUUACAUAGCCGCUUGUAUUGUGAAAAAUAUGAAGUUUACGGACGAAAGUUUCAAAAAGUUCAUUCAACUGCAGACGAAGUUACACGACGGAAUAUGUGAGAAGAGAAACGCAGCCACAAUAGCAACUCACGAUUUUAAACUCAUCGCACCUGGAAACUUGACGUACACGGCAAAACUGCCUACGGAGUUGAAAAUUAAACCGUUGAUGCGCAGCAAGAUGUACACGGGCGCGACUUUGUUCAAGCAAUUGCAGACGGAAGCCGAAAAUCUGCGCAAAGAGAAGAAACGAAAUGUGUAUUCCGGAGUACACAAGUAUUUGUAUCUGCUGGAAGGCAAAUCGGUGUAUCCGUGCCUGUUGGAUCAUUCUGAGCAAGUCAUAUCGUUUCCACCCAUCACCAACAGUGACGUAACGAAGAUGUCCCCGUCCACCACAACGAUGUUCGUGGAAGUGACAAGUGCUACGUCGUACACAGUUUGCAGGAGCGUAAUGGACGAAUUUCUAAAAGAGUUGGCGAUAUCAGGACUUGCCGACUCGUCAGACGAGAAGGACGCGCACAAAUGCAAUUUGUUUGUUGAACAAGUCAAAGUAGUCGAUACCGAAGGAAAUCUGAAACUUUUGUAUCCCUCGAGAGCGGACUUGAAGCUGGAGAAUUUCUCCGUUAGCGUCUUGCGGGAAUAACGAACGAUACAAUCUUGUUUACACAAUUUUUUUCUCCAUUUUGAUUUCUUGUCUUUUUUUUUGUUUUUGUUUUUUUUUUUUGUAUUUUUUUUUUUAUAAGAUCACACGACUUUUCUAUAAGUUGCUUUAAUUUUUACAUUUAUAUAUGUAAGUCGUUGUACAAAUGUUAUGUGAUACGAUAUACCCUAAUAUAAUAUUGUGUAUUUUGAUCAUAUAAGUUUAUUUUUGUAUUAAAAAAAAACUUGAAGAGAGUAUCACGAGAAAGACGCGGAUGUCUUCGAACCAGUAUACGUCUGUAACGCUUCUACACACUGAAAAAAAUAAUAAAAAAAAUACUAAAACCGA